AUGGGCGCCGGCUCCGGUCCCGACUCCAUAGGGUUCCUCCCGUCACCCGCGAGCGGGAGCCUCAACGGAUACGCCAUCAUAGGCCGCGGUCAGGCGGUGGUCGGUGCGCCCGAGUCGCCCGGUUUCCUCGACCUGUCCGACGGCUCGCCGUAUUCCCUAGGCUCUGCGGCCGGUUUCCUCCCGUCGGCGCCGCUGUUCAUGGGAUCCGCCGGGGUUGGUGCGGCGCCUGCCGGUGUGGCGCCGAAUGAUUUGUUGUUUGCCAAUGCGCCGAUGAAUGGUUUCAUUCAAGAUCCUAUCCUCCUCAACGGCUUCCCUGGCUCGGACGACUUUUCCGUCCUAGCCGAUCUAAGAACCUCUCCGCAACCCGAUAUGGGCCUGAUCGACUUCCGCACCGAUAUGUCCCCAUGGGAGACGCACGACAUCAACUUGGAUUCCGUCGUGGAAAGCUCGCUGUCGCCAUCUCUAGCCAGCCAGUCUUCUUCAAGCAAGAGCUCCCCGUCUCCCAUGAUCGAGGCCGGGGCAAGCGGCAAGGCGGCGGUGAUGCCGAUCCGAAAGGUCAAGAAUGGUAAGGUGGAAAAGGCACCGACGACGAGCAAGGCGAAGAAGAAGAAGACGACGGCGGCGGCAGCGGCGGCGGCGAUGCACAACACGGCGUCGGGGCAGACGGACAAUUUUGUCGUCAUGACGCCGACGACGAUCAACGCUCAUUCGGGGCGGCCCAACCCAUUCGAGUGCUUCGAAGCCAUGAUGAGCACGUCGCACAAGGGCCGCAAGGGACCGCUCGACAACGCGAUCAAGGAGAACGCGCUCCAGGUGCGCCGGCUCGGCGCGUGCUUUUGUUGCCACAGCCGCAAAGUCAAGUGCGACAAGGUGCGGCCCUGCCGGAACUGCAAGAAGCUGGCGGGCAACGUGCCGCAAAUCGUGUGCUGGCAGUUCCCCGACUUCCUCCCCGUUCUCUUCCCUAAGUUCAUGCGGAGCCACCUCGCCAAGGAGGAGGUGGCGCGUUUCAUCUCGGACAACAUUCAAAAGUUUGGCGUGGAGGGUCUGGAGCGGCCAACGUGCACGGUGGAGCUCUUUUCGGGCACGCGGUUCCGGACGGUACUGAGGAUACAGGGCAAGUUCUUCACCCCUAAGACGACGGAUGUGCUACAGCAGUGGCAUUUGAAUUCGGACCGGGCCGGAGUGGACCUCCAACUCCGAAACGCCGUGCCCAUCGGUAUCGACCCGGAGCAGCAGGGCCGGAAUGGCGACGGCGACGGCGACGGCCCCAAGGACGACCUGAAGAAGAAGUGCAAGGAAUACGUGGCGGCCAUCCUCCGGGAGCCCGAGUACGCUGAACAGCUGACGGAAACGUUUCUGGACACGGACGUGCCGAGGCGCAUUCUCCGCAUCGUAAACACCUACCAGACACAAACAAAUUCCGCCAUUGUGAGGCGGGCGAUGAACGUGUACACGCUGCACUACAUCCUCACGCGGCACCUGUGCAUGACGCGGCGGAGCGUCGUCGACCUACGGGACACCAACCUCGUGCCGCAGGGGCUCGUGUGGGUCACGCCGCGGCUGCUCAACCGGCAGAUCAAGGCGGUGCUGGACGAGAUGAUGCAGCGCGAGUCGGUGGAGACGGCGGCGGACAAUUUCGUCGUGUGUGACAACGAGGUCAAGAGGCGCGAGGGCCAAGCGCCCGAGUUUAAGCGCGCCGAGGCGCUGCGCAUCAAUGACGAGAUCGAGAAGCUGCCGUUUCGCCAGUUCCUCUACCAGUUUCACCAAAUAUACCAGACGCACUCGAAGGACGUGUUUCUCUUGUCCUUUACGGAUGAGCAGUAUGUUUUUGACGAGGAUACGUUUGACGCGGUAUUGGUCUAG